UUACACUCCUAGGAUGGUAGAGGAUUCCACUUCUGUGGAGGAUCCCUGAUCAACCAGUACUGGGUUGUCACUGCUGCCCAUUGCCGUGUAUCUCCUAGAAACCACCGUGUUAUCCUGGGAGAACAUGAUCGUCAGUACAACUCUGAGCAAAUUCAGGUCAAAUCAAUUGCCAGGGCCAUCAGUCAUCCCUACUACAACUCCCAGAACUUCAACAAUGACAUCACUCUUCUGAGGCUGUCAUCCCCAGUACAGAUGACAUCCCGCGUGUCUCCUGUGUGCCUGGCCUCCUCCAGCACCAACAUCCCCUCUGGAACCAAAUGUGUUACCACUGGGUGGGGCAAGACUGGCCAGACCUCAAGCCCCCGCUUCCUCCAGCAGACUGCCCUGCCUCUGCUCACCCCUGAUCAGUGCAAGAGGUACUGGGGUUAUAACAGAAUCACUGAUGCCAUGAUCUGUGCUGGUGCUUCUGGAGUGUCCUCCUGUCAGGGUGACUCUGGUGGCCCUCUGGUCUGUGAGAACAGUGGAGUGUGGUCUCUUGUGGGUAUUGUGUCCUGGGGCACCAGUAACUGCAACGUGCGCACCCCUGCCGUGUAUGCCCGCGUGUCCUACCUGCGCAGAUGGAUUGACCAGACUCUUGCUUCCAACUAACGUGCAAACAAACACACAAUCUGCAAUAUGCAUAUACUUCCAUGUUUUCCAAUACUUCAUCAUCCUGUUCCUCACUGUGAUCAAUGAGUGAUUAUAGGCAGCAUCAGUAUCAGCUGUCAGAAGGAUGUUACUAUUGACUUUAAAUAGUAGUGACCACUCAGUGUACAGCUAUGUUUGGUGCAUUUGUGCAAAUCAUGCAUAAAAUAUAACUUCUAAGAACACA